AUAUUUGAAAAAAUCAGAAACCUGGAAAACUUGUCAAGAUAUUCGUACUAUAUAUAUUCAGAAAAAACAUGGGUUUGGUGAACAUACUGAUAGUAAUGGCUCUGUCCUUGUUAGUGGUGGUUAAAGCUGAUAUCAAGGAAGACCACCUAGAAGAACAUAAUCGGUUGAGAAAAAAGCAUGGAAGUGCGCCCCUCGAGUUGGACGACGAACUCACAAAGGGAUGCGAAGCAUAUGCCAAGGUGCUAGCCGAUAGUGGAAAGCUAGAGCAUUCAAGUAGUGGCGGUAAAUAUGGUGAAAACUUGUGCAUGAGGUCAGAUAAGCCUCUGGAAUGUGUCCAAAACUGGUACGACGAAAUAAAGGAUUACGACUUUGAAAAGGGAGAGUUUGGCAUGAAAACCGGCCAUUUCACCGCCCUCGUUUGGAAGAAUACGAAUAAAAUGGGUAUGGGUCAAGCCACGGACUCGAAAGGUUACUACUGGGUGGUAGCAAGAUAUUAUCCACCAGGAAAUGUGGUGGGUCAGUUCAAAGAAAAUGUUCUCCCUCCGAUCAAAGGGGCAGGUAAUGGUCAAGAAGGCAAUUUUAAUAUGGUUCAAGUUAACACCAUUCUCAUCUUUAUUAUGCUUUGGGUUUGCUGCCACCACAUAAAUUGAGGUCCUUAUCACUUUGGAAUUCUUUUGCCACACUGCUUGUAAAUUUUUAGUUUGCCAAUUCAAAAAUCACAUAAUUAUGUACCCAAUAAUAAAUUUUGGAUUUUAAAGAUAA